ACGGAGUCUAUGUGGCGCGGCCUAUUGACACGGGAAGAAUUCCGGGUCCUGCGAUCGCACGGUACGGAACGACCCCGCUCCCACCGGUACGAUACGUGGUACCCCGACACCGGCUGCUUCGCCUGCCGUGCGUGCGGGUUGCCACUCUACGCGGCCCGGGCCAAAUUUGAUUCCGGCUCGGGAUGGCCCUCGUUUGGAACGCAUGUACAAGGUGCCGUUGCCACGACCGUGGAACAGUCCCCGGUGAUGGGGAAACGCGUCGAAAUUCACUGCGCCCGCUGUCAGUCGCAUUUGGGUCACGUGUUUGCCGACACCAAUACGGCCAAAUGGGAUCGACUCAAAACCUUCUCGGAGCGUCACUGUGUGAACGGUAUUAGUCUCAUGUACAGU